AUGACAGAUAGAUAUGGUGUAAACCCCUAUAUUUUUGAUCCUUUUGUAUCAGAGUUUCUUACAGAACAAGAACUUUUUAAAGUAGUUAUUCCCAUCCCUGAAGUUUUUUCGAUUAAAACAACGGACACAGUAAAGUUAGCAACGAGAAAAGUUCCUAAUGAACCAAUAUUGAAUCAACGCGUACAAGUUCCUUCCACCGAAGAUUCUGCUAUUGAUAUGUUCUUGAAAUUGAUGGAUGCUAUUAACAAUCAAAGAUUAAUUUGUUUGGAAAGACCAGAAAGUUGGAGAAAACGUUAUGGGUUUGGAAGAGUUAAAGGUUGCCCAGACGCUAUACGCCGUAUAGCUAAUAAUAUAAAUCUCUUGAAAAAUCCAGAUGCUUCUCAGAUACUUUCAAUAGUAGAAAUUAAACCUGAACAGCUGAUGAGAAAUUUGAUAGGAUAUGGAGUCGAAUCGUCCGAGGCAUAUAAUACAGCAUUGACAGUGGAUGAUGACGGUUCAGUAGAAUAUGCAAGAAGUCAAAAAAUCAUUAAAAUCGUUAGGCAAACAUUUGGAUAUAUGGUCGUGACUUACGAUAUGGCUUGCUUACGACAUACAUUCGAACAUGGUUUUUUUACCGUCAACAUGCAAAGCAAAUCCGAACAUAAUUUACAUUUUCCCCGAGGUUUAUACUCAAUUUCGCAUUCUUCACCACCUAAUAUUGAAAGCAAGCUAGGAAAUGAUGUCACAACUGAAGAAAAGAAGUUGGCUAUUUUGGGUUUACAAACAAUACAUACAAGAGGGGUAAUGCAUGGAGAUAUUAGAUUAGAGAAUAUAAUGGUAAAGAGAGAUGAAUUGGUAGGUAAGACUCUUGUGUGGUGGAUCGAUUUUGCAUGGAGCAAAAUGGAAUGUAGUGAAAAAGAUCAGAAUAUAGAGUUGAAACGUUUUCUUGGUAUGACAG